CCACGCCUGCGCGGCAACUCGUGUCGCGCGCCUCAUCAGCAUUGUAUUGGCGGCGGACCAGACAAAAGUUUGAGUGUAUCCUUUAGCCGCUGCUAUUUUUUUUUUAUUUUGUAGUUGCUGUGGUUAUUUAAUUAAGUCGACAAUUUAGUCUUUUUAGUGGGUACACGCGAGGUCAAAAUAGACAACCGAAGCUGCAGGAGUCCGCCAGCUGAAGCCAGGUAGCGUUUUAGUCGACGUUACUCUCGGGGCGUCCCGUGGGGGUUUAAAGUUCAGCUAACAGCAGUUAGCACCGCGUCCCGAGACGUUCGCCUUGCGAUGGCCGCUGUGUGUCAGCCACGACGCGCCUUGGUGGAGAUACCGACCCCCCAGCCCAAGAUUGCAGCUCGAAUGAGGAGAUCCUACCUGGAGAUCCUGAGUGCUCGUUUGGCUCCAUCUCCGCUUCCGAGAGGGAGAAACCCGAACACGAAGCGCGGCCCCCAGCUGGACGUGUCGAUCGGAGCCGUGUGGAGUGGGAGGAUGGAGCAGCAGUGCGAGAAGAUGGAGGAGCACCACGCGCCUCUCUCCAAACAGCAGCUUGUGCAGCUCAUCAGGUCGCUCAUCUUGGUUGAGCAGAGCCAGGAGCCCAGGACCCUGACGUCGGACCUGAAGUAUCUCCAGGAAGAUCUGCAGCUAAAGAAAGCCAAUGUUUUCCGGUCCAUUCCGUACUCGCGGCUCGGCUCCAACCGGGACGCUCACUGCUACAGAAAAGCGUAUCCUCACCUGGUGGCUUUCAAAGUUUCCUGUCAGGAAUGGGGACAGGUUCUCCUGAGGAACAAAGAGUGGGAAUCUGUGUUGGAGCACACAUUGAUGGCGUGGCGCUACACCAGCGAGCUGCCGCACUGGGAUACGGCGAACCACAACGCUCUCCGACAACAGUGUUACGAUAUUUUGGCAGCAAACAGCCUCGCUGCUCUCCAGCACCACCAGCCGGGACCCGACAGAGGACGCGAGCUGCUCAGAAGGUUGAAUAUGGCUCAGUCGCACAGCCAGUCAAUCGUGCCCUGUAUUGAGGCGCUGCAGAGGAUUAUGGGAUGCGCCGUCCUCUUCUCCAUGGACACCAAAUAGGACGAGACACUGUCCAACCAACUGGCUACACCCCAGUGAAAAGUGCUUUGUAGCUGCCCACAAUCAUUUUAUAUGUGCUACGGGGCCCGAGAUCUUUUCUGUAGUUGUGUUUGUUCGGGAGAAACCACUACAGUAUUUGUCCAAAGGGCAGCAGCUGGAAAUGUGACUGUUUUAAAUGGUACUAAAUGGAGGACAAUGCAACCACCUCUAACUUAAUCACAAUGCUUUUUCUGUCAACUGGAAAGCACUAUUUGUGACAUGGCACUCUGCACAAUGUGUUUCUUGUUGGUUAAUGUUAUCUUCUUCUGUUGCCUCGCAUAGAAAAUCCUUUUAGAGACCUCCUGAGAUCAGUUGGUGCUGCCAACAAUGUAUUUAAAAUGUUUGUCAAUGCACAAGUUAUUCUUUACAAAUGAAAUGUUGAAAGUAAGAAAUUGUGUGUGUGUGUGUGUGUGUGUGUGUGUGUAUAUAUAUAUUACCGUUGACAAUACUUGAAACUGGCUUCUGUGACUACAGUUGUUUUAUAUGUAUUUCUUGUUUCUAGAGAACAGUCAGCAACUGAUUGUACUGUUGCCAUUUGUCCUGAAAACUUGAACAUUUUUGAUAAAAGAUCAAUAAAGUUAUUACUUGGUAAUAUUGUAAA